AGCUGUCGAGUUGUCAGAUCCACCGCAGGCAGGGAGGUGAGCAGGGCGAGAGCGAGAGGGAUAAGAACACAAAGAAGUGAAGAAGAUUUGAGACAGACGUCAUGGCCUUCAGUACCACCAGCACCAGCUCCUACAGGAGAACUUUCGGGGGCAGUGUCUUGGGCUCUCCCCAUCUCUCCAGGGCUUCCUACACCAGUGGGAGGCUGGGCGGAGGGGCAUCUAACCUCUCCUCCAGCGUUCACAUUUCCAAGUCCACCAUGCUGCCCUCUUACUCCAGCUAUCGGGUCAAGGCGCCAUCCCGGGGCUACGAGGUGGUGGACUUCAGCCUGGCCGAUGCCCUGAACCAGGAGUUUGUCCAGACGCGCACCAACGAGAAGGCCGAGAUGCAGCACCUGAACGACCGCUUCGCCAGCUACAUCGAGAAGGUGCGCUUCCUGGAGCAGCAGAACAAGGUGCUGGUGGCCGAGGUGAACAGGCUGAAGGGCCAGGAACCAGGCAGGAUCAACGAUCUCUACGAGCAGGAGAUGAGGGAGCUCCGGCGCCAGAUCGACGCACUGACCAACGAGAAGGUCCGAGUGGAGGUGGAGAGGGAUAACCUGGCUGACGACCUGCAGAAGCUCAAACAGAGGUUACAAGAUGAGAUCCAACUGAAGGAGGAAGCUGAAAACAAUCUUGCUGCUUUCCGACAUGACGUGGAUGCAGCCACCCUGGCUCGCCUGGACCUCGAGCGAAGGAUUGAAGCCCUCCAGGAGGAGAUUGCAUUCCUCAAGAAAGUACAUGAGGAGGAACUGCGGGAGCUGCAGGCUCAGCUUCAGGAACAGCACGUCCAGGUCGAAAUGGAUCUGUCGAAACCUGACCUCACCGCUGCCCUGCGCGAUAUCAGGGCGCAGUACGAGUCCAUCUCAGCCAAGAAUGUCCAGGAGGCGGAAGAGUGGUACAAGUCAAAGGUCAUGGAUUUGAAUCAGAGUGCAGCCAAAAACAAUGAUGCCUUGCGACAGGCCAAGCAGGAAGUGAUGGAGUACCGUCACCAGAUUCAGAGCUACACCUGCGAGAUUGAUGCUCUCAAAGGAACCAACGAGUCCCUGAUGCGGCAGAUGCGGGAGAUGGAGGAGAGGUUUGCUAGUGAGGCAGCCGGUUACACCGACAGCAUCGCCCGCUUGGAGGACGAGAUCCGCCAUCUGAAGGACGAGAUGGCGCGGCACCUGCGGGAAUAUCAGGAGCUGCUCAACGUCAAGAUGGCCUUGGACGUGGAGAUCGCCACCUACAGGAAGCUGCUGGAAGGUGAAGAGAGCAGGAUUGUUUUGCCAGUCCAGACGUUCUCGACUCUGAGUUUGAGAGAGACCAGCCCGGAUCAAGGUCGGCACGCAGAGGUUCACACCAAAAAAUCCGUCACCAUCAAGACGUACGAAACCAGGGAUGGAGAGGUCAUCAGUGAAUCAUCACAGCACCAACAGGAGAUCGCUUAGGACUUCGGGGGAGACAAGUAGAGGGCAACACCUUCACCCUUGACCUGAUAGUGAGAUUCGAUCAGCUCUCCCUCUGCUCUACAACUGCCCAGUGACCGGAUUAACUGAGACAACAUGUGCACCCGGAACAAAGUGCCUUCGGAACCCAGCAACCAGGAGAUUCCACGCAAAAAAUCUGAAGGAGGAAGACAGCCGGAUCUCCAAAGAGAACUUGCAUCCUCUUGGGAUUGCUCCUUUGCACCAUUACAGAUUGUACUGUCUCGUUAUUUGGGAUUGUUUUUGGCAUGUGUUACUCUCUCACUUUACACAUAGAAUCAGAAUGUGCACGUGGAUAGAUUAGCAAAUGUAACCUCCAUAUUCAAGUCCAAGUUAUUGCUGUUUCUCAUCUGUAUGGUGGGAGUGAUUGUGUGCAAGAUGACAAAUUAAUCAUCCAGGGUAUAGAGGCAACGCCAUUCUCCAACUGGCGUAGGAAUCCAGAGGCUGACUCUAAUCCCCUGGAAGGCAUGAGUUCAAAUUCCAUUUGAAACCUUGAAUUAAAUUGAGUGAAUGAAUUAAUGGGAACAGCUUGUCUCAGUAGUUGUACCAUGAAGGUCUCAUUGAUGGCAUUAAAAACGCAUUUUAAUUCAC